GUUUGUGAUUUGUGUCUAAAUCGUUAUGAUGUAGCUGGAUAUAUAACAGGUGGGGUUUGUAGUAUGUCCUUGGAUUUUGUGGAAAAGGAAGAAGCUUUAUUUGUGCCUGUAUAUUUGGAUGACCAGAGAUUAAAUGGUAUAAUAUGUGCUUAUCUGAGGUGGACUAAGGAGGAAUUACCUGCAAAGGACUGAAAGGGAGUUUUCCAUUUACAGAACCUUCACUUUUGGUUGGGCACAGAAUUUUCCAAUAGGAUUAAAGUCUAUGCUCGAAAAUAAUCAAAAGAACAAAAUGAGACAUGGAGAUAUGGGCCGAGGGAGAAAUAAUGAGGAGACGAGAGGGAGAGAGAAAAGGAUAGAGAGAGAACGGCAAGGCUCUGCUCUCCUCUGUGGUGCCGCCCUCUCCUUUUCAACCCCUCCCAUUUUCCCUCUCUCACUCUUUCCUGCUAGGGAAGGGUUGAAAGGCAUUGAGCCAAGGCCAGAGACAGAGUGAACAAGGCAGACCAGACGCUUUGAAUCUCCUCCACUACUGAGAGAAGUAGCAGCUACAGCAAGCUUCCACAAACUCUCUGAUCUCCACAAGAGAUUUGAUCUGCAAAUCUUCCCUCUAUCAGUCUUCAAGGCCAGUGAUGGAGAGUCCGGCUCAGAAACGAACCACCCGUGGUGCUGCGGCCAACGUGCUCUCGCCCACACGUAUUACUCGCUUGCAGGAGAAGGAGGACCUGUGCAACCUGAACGAUCGUCUAGCUGUGUACAUCGAUAAGGUGCGCUCUCUUGAGGUUGAGAAUGCCGGCCUGCGACUGCGUAUCACCGAGUCGGAGACGGAGAUCAGCCGGGAGCUGGGUGGCAUGAAGGCAGCAUAUGAGAGUGAGCUGGCUGAUGCUCGCAAAACUCUAGACUCGGUGGCCAAGGAGAGAGCCAGGCUGCAGCUAGAGCUCAGCAAGAUCCGCGAGGACUACAAGGAGCUCAAAGCCAGGAACAGUAAGAAAGAGUCUGAUCUGGAGUCAGCUCUGGCCAGGCUAAAGGAUCUGGAAGCUCUCCUCAACUCUAAGGAUGCUUCUCUCACUACAGCCCUAGGAGAGAAGAGGUCUCUGGAGACUGAAGUCAGGGAUCUGAAGGCUCAGUUGGCUAAGUUGGAAGGCAGUUUGAAUGAUGCUAAGAAGCAGCUGCAGGAUGAGAUGCUGAGGAGGGUGGAUGCAGAGAACCGCAUCCAGACUCUGAAGGAGGAGCUGGAGUUCCAGAAGAACAUCUAUGCUGAGGAACUGCGUGAGUCGAAGCGUAGGCAUGAGUCACGUAUGGUGGAGAUUGACAGUGGUAGACAGCAGGAGUUCGAGAGCAAGCUGGCUGAGGCCCUGGCUGAACUCCGCGGCCAGCAUGAGGAUCAGCUCCGCAUCUACAAGGAGGAGAUUGAGAAGACCUACAAUUCCAAGCUGGAGAAUGCACGUCAGUCUGCAGAUAGAAACAGCCAUCUGGUUGGAGCAGCUCAUGAGGAGCUGCAGCAGACACGUGUGAGGAUGGAGAGCAUGUCUGCUCAACUGUCCCAGCUCCAGAAACAGCUGGCUGCACGGGAGGCUAAGGUGCGUGAGCUGGAGGAGUCUCUGUCUCGUGAGAGAGAUCUCAUGCGCCGGCGGUUAGAGGAGAAGGAGAAGGAAAUAGCAGAUAUUCGCCACCGCAUGCAACAGCAGCUGGAUGAAUACCAGGAACUGCUGGACAUCAAGUUGGCCCUGGACAUGGAGAUCAGUGCUUACCGGAAAAUGCUAGAAGGAGAAGAGGAGAGGCUGCGUCUCUCUCCCAGUCCUCCACCUGCUCGUGUGAUAUCAGUCACUCGUACCUCAGGCUCUGGUGCACACACUCAGACGCGCAUGGCUCAGAGCAGCAGCACUCGCACUUCAUCUGGUAGCGCUAAAAAACGACGUCUCAAUGACACGGACAGUGAGGCUUCCAGCGUGACGGGUGGGACAGUGACACGCACUCGCAUUUCCCAGCAGGCCUCAGCCAGUGGUCGGGUCACUGUGGAUGAGGUGGACCUGGAGGGCAAAUAUGUACGUCUCAACAACAAAUCUGACCAGGACCAGUCUCUGGGCCACUGGCAGGUGAAGAGGCAGGUGGGCUCUGGUACACCCAUCAUCUACAAGUUCCCACCUAAAUUCAUCCUCAAGGCAGGACAGACUGUUACAAUCUGGGCUGCAGGAGGUGGUGGGACCCACAGUCCUCCUUCUGACCUGGUGUGGAAGGGUCAGAACUCCUGGGGAAGUGGAGAUCUCUUCCAGACUACUCUGAUUAACUCCAGUGGAGAGGAGAUGGCAAUGCGGAAAGUGACACGUACCCUGUUCCAGGAAGAAGAUGAUGAGGAAAUGGCUGCUCACAGUACAUGUGGAGAUGGAGAGUAUAACCUGCGCAGCCGCACGGUGAUCUGUGGCUCGUGUGGUCAGCCAUCAGACAGGAACACUGGCAGCUGUGUGUCGGCGAGCUCUGGAGUCUCCAGCGCCUCUCGCUCUUUCGCCAGUGGAGGUGGAGGACUUCCUGAGGGCCUGGUCUCCCACUCCCACUCCCACUUUAUCAUGGGCAAUGGCAACCCUAGACAGGGAGGUCCUAAACCGGAAAAAUGCUCCAUCAUGUAGGUCCAGGAACAACCAUGAUGUCGACCCAGUUCACCAUGAUCAGUUAUUUGUGCAACCUGGGAGACUUAAUUUCUUUUUCUAACUUGGCCAUCUAUAUUUUUUUAUUUUUCAUACUAUAAAUACUUAAUUCUUGUUUUGUAUGUAAUAAUCUGCAGGGUAGAUGGAAUGCUUUUGUCUAGCUGACUGCUUGCAUGCAGCUUGGGUGCUAUAUAGGGUUUGUAUAUAAAGUUCGGUAUACUAGUCUUCGCAUGUGGGCUAGGCAGCUGCUUUCCUAUAGAAAUGUUCAGGGAGAGAGGGAGGCUCAUCACUUCACACUUAUCCAAAGAACAGGAUCCGUCUUCAGCUGUCUUAUAAAAUGCUGUCAAAACACAACACGCACAUCUUGGUACUCCUAUUUGCAAGUUUACUUCCAUAGGGUCAGGAGUGUCUUUGAAUGUACUGUAAUGCAAAGCAAUUUUUUUUCUCAACGAUUAGCAAAUGGUUUCAUAAUUCAAAUAUCCUAAGGCAAGUAUUAAACACUAACUCAUGCUAGAAAACAAAUUUUGCAAUGCAGCAAGCAAAGUCUUAAAGGGAAGAUUAACAGGACCAUGUCACUUUAUUUAAGAAGCUUUUUUUUGUGCCUUUAUAUGAAUGUAGUGUUGUAGAUUAGUGUCUCAGUAGCACUGUGUACCAGUGUUCUUAUUCUCUGCCUCAUAUGAAAAGGCAAUGAGCAGCGUUGGAAUCAGAGACAAAUAUAUGAUAAGUGUUAGUUCCUUUUGUAAGUUGUCAUACUAAACAUGCGGCAUACUUUAUAUGAGCUUUUGACUAUUGAACGUCUAUGCAAUUGUUCGUUGAUAGCGACUGAAGAUAAUACAUUUAGGUACAAGGUUGUGAAGAAUAUAAUACAAAUUGAAAUUAUUUUCUAAGAUGUAACAGUCAUUGUUUGUAACCUAAGAAGACAUGGAGCACAAGAAUGUUUGUAAGUUAUAAGUACAAUUGAAUUUGUGUACAUUAGAGAGCCGAAUUUUGCAUUGAAAACCAAAACAUGGGUGAUUAAAACAUUAGUCCUUCGGACUGUUGAAAAAUGUAAUUGAAUUGAAAUGUAUAAAAGGUGUCUAUGGGGGUAAAUUUCUUUUGUAUCCUCAGGCUGGACAGCUGGAAGUGUUGACUUUGUUGUUGUUGUUGUUGUCACUCCUCUCUCUUGAAGCAGCUAUUACUUAAAUGACGGGUGUCCACUCUACUGCCUUUUGCCUCACUUACCAGAUUUGAUCUUUGGUCUUGGAAAACACUGCAAAUGUGUGUGUUAUCUGAUGUAUAUGAAGUCAUGAUGCAAAUGCAGUGUGUGUGAUCAUUUGGAGAGCUGCAUGGGACGUGAAUCUAUACUAAGAUUCUCCAGACAUAGUUUUCUGUAUCUCAGUAAGUGGACUGGACACCACUAGCUUGCAUUAAUAGCAUACGCUUUUCUCUCCUUAUGUUAUUGUGCUCAUGUGAUAGUGCUAGAUUGCUGUGGAUUUUGGUCAGGCAGUGGAGCAAUGUCACUUUUUUUUUUCUUUUUUUUUCCACUUUCGCAAAUGGAAUUGAGACCAAUUAAAAUCAUAAUGAGAAUAUAUUGAUGAUUUAUUUAAUGCCUGACCAACAAUCAUUAAUGUUAAUUUUUUAUAUAUAUAAAAUAUGGGGUGAGGUUUGGCAAUUAAGUAAUCUUCAUGGUAAGAAAAACCUCCCCAUUUCCCGAUAUAAUGAUCUUGAAGAUACAGUAUUCAUUAAUUGGCAACAAUUAAUUUUUUUUUUCCCUUUUUUUUGCUUUGUAGCUUUUUUUUUUUGUUCUGCACUUAAAAUGAUUACUGAUAUAGAACAUGUACGCUUAAACAGUGCCUUGAAUUCUUUCAUUAAAAAAAUACAAUUUCAGA